GAGUACGGAGUAGUGGCCAUUAGUUGGGAUGAGUACGGAGCAGUGGCCAUUGGUUGGGAUGAGUACGGAGUAGUGGCCAUUGGUUGGGAUGAGUACGGAGUAGUGACCAUUGAUUGGGAUUGGUACGGAGUAGUGGCCAUUGGUAAGGAUGAGUACGGAGUAGUGGCCAUUGGUUGGGAUGAGUACGGAGUAGUGGCCAUUGGUUGGGAUGAGUACGGAUGGCCAUUGGUCGGGAUGAGUACGGAGUAGUGGCCAUUGGUUGGGAUGAGUACGGAGUAGUGGCCAUUGGUCGGGAUGAGUACGGAGUAGUGGCCAUUGGUCGGGAU